AUGUCUGACGCUUCAUCUCAUCAUACGGACAUGCCACGACGAACCUCGCUAGCACCGGUGAUGUCCUUCAAAAAAAGCAAGACAAGUCAGGGCAACACCGAUGACGAGGGCCUGGUAGCUAGUUCUUCAAAGAGACAGAGGCUAAAGGACAGAACGUACACCAAAGCCGCCACGGCGAACGAUUUCUUUUACGAAGACUACACUAUCGGUUGGAUCUGUGCCCUUUGGAAAGAGAGGGCGGCAGCAAAGGCUAUGUUGGAUGUGGUACACGACACGCUACGAAGGGCCGAAAAUGAUAGCAACACGUAUGACUUGGGCAGUAUUGCCGGGCACAAUGUUGUCAUCGCAUGCCUUCCGUCAGGCUACCACGGUAACAAUAACGCGGCGAUUGUUGCGAGCAAUAUGCGCCGGACUUUUUCGUCGAUACGGCUAUGCUUGAUGGUUGGCAUUGGCGGCGGCGUACCCGGCAAAACAGACAUCAGACUCGGCGAUGUUGUUGUUGGCGAAGGAGUAGUGCAACACGACAUCGGAAAAAAUGUCGCCCGAGGCAGUCUCGCGCGAACGGGCCAUGUGAAUAGGCCGCCCCAGGAACUGCUAACGGCUGUCGCCAAACUCCGAGCAGAUCAUGAAAUAGGCUUCAGCCAAAUUCCCUACCAUAUCUCUGAGAUGCUCGAACGAUAUCCGAAAAUAACACAAAUCGUGCCGACAAUUGCGUCGUCUUCAGAUCAUGUGGAUCGUCAAAGACAUCUCUUGGACUCUUUGAAGUUUGAUCGAAUGGAUACACGCCGCACAAACAUUGAAGCAAAAUAUUCGACAACAUGCCAGUGGCUAUUGACCAGCUCUGACUAUGUGGACUGGCUAGACCCGAACCAAGCCGACAACCACCAUGGCUUUCUGUGGAUAAGAGGCAACCCUGGCACUGGCAAGUCGACGAUCAUGAGCUUUACUUGCAAAGAAAUGGUGAAAGAAAAAGAGAGGAUAGUCAUCUCCUUCUUCUUCAAUGCAAGAGGCGAUGGUUUGGAGCGCUCUACUCUUGGGAUGUACCGUUCUCUCUUGUUUCAGGUUCUGAGCGCAUUGCCAAGGCUCCUCGACGUGUUCGACGAGCCAGAACACAAGGCUUACCUGGAAGAGAUGCAUACUGCUAUGCUGGGCCACCAACACUUCGAGUGGCACAUUGGCGUGCUCCAGGAUUUACUUCGACAUGCGCUGGUGAAGCUCGGCCAAACAGUGUUGACAAUCUUCGUUGAUGCUCUUGAUGAAUGCGCUGCUGAUCAAGUUGAAGAACUCGUUGAGUACUUCGAAGGUGUCGGAGAAAAUGUAAUGCUGAAAGGAUCGCAGCUCAACAUUUGCUUCUCUAGCCGCUACUAUCCACAUCUCGACAUCCAGUACGGUCGGAAAAUUAAUCUGGAGGAUCAAGACGGCCACAAAAAGGAUAUUGCUAUGUACAUACAAAACAAGCUCAAGGUCGGCAAAAGCAAGACUGCUGAGGAGGUCAAAACAGAGAUUCAGACCAAGGCGAAAGGAAUCUUCAUGUGGGUUGUUCUGGUCGUCGACAUUCUCAAGGCAGAAUACAAGAACGGCCGGGUUUUCGACGUCAAGAAGAGGCUUUCUGCCUUGCCAGCCGAACUAGGCGACCUUUUCAAACAAAUUCUGUUACGGGACCAAAACAACCUCCGAGACCUGCAGCUUUGCAUUCGAUGGAUUUUAUUUUCAAGACGUCCAUUGAAGUUGGAGGAGUACUACUUCGCGGCUGUAUCUGGGCUCAAUCCUGGCGAGUUGCGGGCAUGGGAUCCAGUCGAGGUUACCACAGACGACAUGAGCAGAUUUGUCAUAAGCUCUUCGAAAGGGCUCGCAGAGACGACCAAAACCAAACUCCGAACGGUUCAGUUCAUUCACGAGUCGUGCAAGUCACGCUCAACUACAGCAAUGUUGUUACUCCUAUCUCGGAGUCGACACUUCAGGUUACCUGUGUCGGGCAAAUAUCCCUUUCUCAAAUACGCAACUCGCCAUAUUCUGUUUCAUGCAGAUGCUGCAGCCCAUUCUGCUUCACAAUGCGACUUUUUGGAUCGUUUUCCUCUCAAGGCCUGGAUUACUGUGGAUAACCUCUUCGAAACGCAUGAAUUCCGCCGCCACACGAAUGCAAGUCUUCUGUACAUUCUUGCGGAAAAGAACUUAGCAAGACUUAUUGAAGAAGCACUACGCUUUAACCCAAUGAAUGGAAUCAAAGGAGAGGUCAACGAAGAGCGAUACCAAUAUCCACUAUUUGUUGCCUUGGCUAAUGGUCAUCGAGAUGCCGUCAGAUCGUUAUUGCAGACAGAGGCUGUCCGCUUAGAAGAUGACAUCUUGGCGCGGCUGGAUUAUGGUUCAGAUUUUCGUGUAAGACGGGGGCAAACACCGCUGUCGUGGGCUGCCGCGAAAGGACACGAAGGUUUUGUCCGGCUACUGCUUGAGACAGGCAGUGCUGUGGAGGAGAAAGAUCUAUCAUCAGCGAAGGCAUUAGUAUUUGCGGCCGAGAAUGGACACACCGCUAUUGUGCAGCUUCUACUUGCGAAAAACCGCGAUAUUGGGGCGAGAGUUUCACAUUCAUCUUUGCUACUUCUCGCUGCCGCUAGAAAUGGGCAUUUUGCUGUUGUGAAGCUUCUGCUCGAGCAUGGCAGUGAUCUUGACGCGAGACAUAACUAUUUACGCACACCACUAAUGCAAGCUGCUGAGGGUGGGCAUAUUGAUAUUGUGCAGUUAUUACUUGAGAAUGGCGCAGAUGUUGAUUUGGAAGAUAAAAAUAGCUGGACGGCGCUCAUGUUCGCCGCUAGAGGAGGAGAAGAGGCUAUUGUGCGGCUGCUCCUCGAGAAAGGCGCAGAUAUUGAUAGGGGUUUUCACAAACACGGCAUGACGCCGCUGCACUACGUCACUACCUUAGGCGAUGAGGCUGUUGUACGGCUGCUCCUCGAGAAAGGCGCGGCUGUUGAUGCGAAGGAUAGCCUAAACCAGACGCCGCUACAUUAUGCCGUUUCAUCAGGCGACGAGGCUGUUGUACGGCUGCUCCUCGAGAAAGGCGCAGCCGUUGAUGCGAAGGAUGACGCGAAUUUGACGCCGCUAAGGAUAGCCGCUCAACUAGCCGACGAGGCUGUUGUGCAGCUACUGCUCGAGAGAGGCGCAGCUAUCAAUACGGAGCAUAAGAUAGACAAGACGCUAUUGGUAGCAGCUGCUAGUUGGGGCAACGAGGUUAUUGUGCAGCUACUCCUCGAGGCGCAGCUGUUGAUGCGAAGGAUAACGCGAACGAGACGUCGCUAA